GUGCUUAGUCUCCCACACGUGCGCGUGAAUUCCAAGAUGGCCGCCGUGACGGUUUGUGCUCGUAGUUGACUAAGUUUGGCUUCUCGGCUGAGCUGUGCGUCGCUGCCGGGCGAGAGCACUAUAUCCCCUUACCCAUGAUCAUCGAUGGUAAAUAGCGGCGCGGAUAGAGGGGUUUCACACGGAGACUUCGAGCAACAUGGCCAUGUCGCUCACGGGGAGUGGUAUCUGAAAGCCGGGUCGGAGUUGCGAACCGACAAUCAUGCUAGAGGACACAAAAAUAUGGAAAUACUCAGCUCUCUCACAUCUGGGGCGAUCGCUGGUGCUGUGGCCAAGACUGCGAUUGCUCCAUUGGAUCGAACCAAGAUCAUAUUUCAAACAUCGAAUACAAGAUUCAGUGUACAGGGUGUUGUUCACGUGCUGACACAGACUUACACCACCAAUGGCUUCACUGGUCUGUUUCGUGGGAACAGUGCUACUAUGAUGCGUGUAGUGCCUUAUGCAUCAAUACAGUUUACCUCUCAUGAACAAUAUAAAAAGCUAUUGAGGAUUGAUGAAGGAAAAGGGGCGUUACCUCCAGUUCGUCGGUUUGUUGCUGGGUCAUUGGCAGGAAUGACAGCAGCUUUGUUGACGUACCCACUUGACAUGGUACGUGCUCGUCUGGCCAUCACUCAGAAAAAAAAGUAUACUGGACUUAUAAAUGCAUUUACCAGAAUUUACAGAGAUGAAGGGAUGAGAACUUUCUACAGGGGUUACGUCCCUACUCUUAUUGGCAUCAUGCCAUAUGCAGGCAUUAGCUUUUUUACUUAUGAGACCUGCAAAAAGGCAUUUGGAGAAUUUUACGAUGGGAAGAAGCCAACACCAUUCCAUAGACUGGCAUUUGGUGCAUGUGCAGGUUUGUUUGGACAGUCGGCAACUUACCCAAUUGAAAUAGUUCGCAGACGCAUGCAGGCUGAUGGGAUAUAUGGCCCACGGCGGCCUGAGUACGCUCAUAUGUGGUCCACUGCCAAGUAUGUUUACAAGACUGAAGGAUUACGGACUGGCUUGUACAAGGGACUGAGUUUGAAUUGGGUGAAAGGACCAGUAGCUGUUGGUAUCAGCUUUACUGUCUAUGAUUUAAUGCAAGCAUUUAUUGGCAAAAGAAUUUUGGAUGAUACUUGAUGAAAAUGUUUUCAGGAAGGUUAUCAUUCAUUUGUGGCAGUGGAGAUUUUUAUUACUAUUUGUUUAUUGCAUAGUAAAUCAAUAAACUUUAUGCUGAUUA